UUCUUUUACUCUUCCUCCUCCCCCUUCUUCCUCUGCAUACUUUCCACCCUUCCUCCGCCACAGCUCCUUACCCUCAGUUCUCUCUCCUGGCGACAGAGGGGAGCGCGGAUGGAGGAGAAAGUUAUCAACCAAUCCGUGGCGGUCGGCGAGCACCUGAGUCUCCGCUGCCCUGCCCGCGGUGACCUGCCCCUGUCUUUCACGUGGGCCAGGGACGGGGUGACACUCUCGGGCGGCGGGGGAGGAGGAGGUGAGACUGGAGGAGGGCGGGAGGACCUCAGUGUUGGUGCUACCUGCUACUCUUCGCUCCCAGGCUGGCGUGUAUACGUGUCAUGCCGCUAACAGGAUAUGGGUCCGACUCCUCCACCUUCUUUCUCAAUGUGGUCGAGCGGCCGGAUCCUCCCAGCCACGUGCAUGUCAAGGAGGUAAAGAGUCGCGAGGUAUCGUUGGCGUGGGCUCCUCCCUUCGACGGUAAUUCCCCGCUCACCCCACUACCUCCUGCAGCACUGGGCCGCACGAGACUCCGCCCCCCACGCCCGCCAAUACCACCCUGCCGCGGGACCUGACGGAGGCCACGCUCAAGGGUUUGUCCCCGGGUCGCACAUACCACAUGCAGGUGCUGGCAGUGAACGUGCGGGGUGCCUCCUCUCCCUCCCCGACCCUCAGCAUCACCACCCUGCAGGAGCCGCCCUCCGCCCCGCCCACCCACCUCCGCGCUCACGCCCGCCAGCAAGCCUCGAUCUCCCUCACGUGGCAGACCCCAGCAGCGCAUCUCAGCCCAGGGGAGGUCACAGGGUACCAGGUGGGCUUCAGGGAGGCUUCCGUGGGGGGCGAUGAGGGGGAGUACCGGUGGAAGAGUGUGCGGGGAGGCGCCAUGACGGCCAAGGUGGAGGGGCUGCGUCACUACACCGCCUACAGCGUCACAGUGAGGGCCGUCAACCAGGUCGGCUCGGGUCCCCCUGCCCAGCCCGUCACCGUCACGACAGCACAGGGAGUCCCCUCAGCAGCCCCAGACGGGAUCGAGUGUGACCCGCUGUCCUCGCAGGCUCUGAGGGUGCGCUGGAACCCGCUCCCUCUCAACCUGUCCAACGGGCCGGUGCAGGGAUACAAGGUAUUCUACAAGCGCACCUCCAACAUCGAAGGUUCCAACGCCGUGGACGUGAAGCGCACCACGAACCUGGAGACGAGCCUGCAGGGUCUGGGGCGCUACACCAACUACAGCGUGCGGGUGCUGGCCUACACGGGGGCAGGGGACGGGGUGGUUUCCGCUUCCAUCCACUGCGCCACUCUUCAGGACGUUCCCGGGCCGCCAGCUGCCAUCCGCGCCCUCCCAGCAGGCCCUCACUCCAUCGUGGUGUCGUGGCUGCCUCCCGAGCGUCCCAACGGUAUCCUGGAGCACUACACCCUCUAUUACCGUCCACUUAACGCCCACAGGCAGGCCCUUCAAACAGUGGUGGUGCCAGUGGAGGGAGGCGCCACAGCCAGCAGGCCGGCGUGGGGUGAGGUGAGCCGCGAGGUGGAGGGUCUGGACGCCCAUGCCCGGUACGAGAUGUGGGUGAAGGCCUCAACCCGCGUGGGCGAGGGCGGCGCCUCCAGGGUGGUGUCCCAGGCCCCCGCCGCCACAGUGGCCGCCAGAAUCAAGUCGUUCGGCCAGGCGGUGGAAGUGAAGGCAGGGGCGCCGCUCACUCUCCCCUGCUCCGUGGUGGGUCACUCCGCGCCCCUCGUCACCUGGACACACCUGGGCCGCGACACUAUCCCCAACUCGCAGACACUGCCGGACCACUCGCUGCACCUGCCCGCCGUCACUUCCGAGGCCUCCGGUAACUACACCUGCCACGCUCACAACCCCAGCGGGCGGGACGAGGCGCAGUGGUCGGUGCGGGUGGUGGAGACGCCCCCGCCGCCCACCCUUCGCGUGCAAUACUCUACUGAAACCACAAUCCACAUCUCCUGGCACACAGCGGGCGACGGAGGGAAGCCCAUCACUGGCUACAUCAUCCGCUACCGUCUGGAGGGAGGGGAGUGGCAGGAAGAGGCGGUGGAGCCCGGGGAGGCGAGUCAUGUCUUGCAGAAACUCCGCUGCGGCUCCACCUAUCACCUGCAGGUCGCCGCGCGCAACCUGGUGGGCCACGGCAAGGCGUCGCGUACCGUGAAGACCAGGACACGAGGCGCAGCGCCCCGCCAGCCACGCCACCAGGACCUUGUCAGCGUCAACUCCUCCUCGGUGACGCUGCAGCUGUACACGUGGCCCUCAGGCGGCUGUCCCAUCACCCGCUGGAUGGUGGAGUAUCGCGCUCACUCCGAGAAUUCCUUCACCGCCGCCGCCUCCCACCUGGCUGGCGACACGGACUCCUACACCUUGGGGGACCUGGCGCCUCUCACGUGGUACCAGCUGCGUGUCACUGCUUACAACACCGCUGGGUCCACGAGUGCUGCUUAUGAUGUUGCAACUGCCUCGCUGACUGGAGCUACCCUCGCGCCAGAGUCCGUGGUGGAGGUGGUGGAUCGGCUGGGCUCCCCGCUGUACCUGGACCCCCACAUCCUGGCGCCAGUGGUUUCCGGGGUGGCUUGUACCCUCGCCCUGCUCCUCUGUGUGGGUCUCCUGGUCUCCCGAGGGCGUGCGCAGUUCAUGAAAGGUGCGGAUACAAAUAGUGGCAGCAGCGGCGGAGGAGGAGGAAACAGUAACGGCAAUACAUACAGUCGUUCUCUGGCCGAGAUUCAAAACCACCACAACGACAGUCAGGAGCAGCUGUCGCCCCCGCCCGGUCCCCGCAGCAAGCACGACGAGGCUUACUCCGUGGACGAGCCGUACGAGAUCUGCCCCUACGCCACCUUCAGCAUGCCCCCGGGGACCACUGUGCCUCCGGGCUCGGCGGGGAGGGGCACCCUCGACUACACAUUACAGUUUCACACCUUUGGCCACCAAGAAUGUUUCGAGGGCCAGCCAGCCCCGCAGAGGGCCUCCGCUGCCUCCCUCUUGGGCGGAAGGCGGCGUGAUGGGGGCGGCGGAUCAGCAGCAGGUGCCUCCGUGGAGAUCGCGUGCAUCUCCAGCCAGCAGACUCUGCCCAUCUCCUGUGUGCGUGGCGGCGUGCGGCGUGCAGGCAAGAAGGAGGUGGAAGAGGAGGAGGAGGGGGAGGCCCACGGUGGGUCGGAGAGUGAGCAGGACACGAGCGGCAGUCCCGGAGGGGUACGAGGCGGCCCAAGGGACACGUACAAGGUGCCUGUCCGGCUUAGGCGAGGUGCUGACUUCAGCUUCCACCCGCCAGACUCCAGCACUGAGAGCAAUGACGAACGGUCCCCUGUGCCCCCCCGCCGACCACAGCACCUUCCCCCCACCCACCCCCAGCAUGCCUCUCACAGACUCCAUGCCUGUACACCUGCUCCACCACCUGCACAGGGCCUGAGGCCCAGCAGUACCCUGGACAGCGUGUACUCUGUGGAAGGGGCGGUUGGGGGGCCCCUUCGUCCCCCGACUGGGUUCUCUGACUCCCGUGAGCUCUCAGAGGCAGAGUGUGACCGAGACCCAGGACAGGGAGGUCACAAGGGAAGGCCACAGCAGCAUGGCAGACGGCCGGCCUUCCCUCCUCGACCCCCCACUGACUACAGCAUCCACGUGUGAUCCAGCUUGUCAGGUUUUGAUCAGAGACAGGACAAGUUCACAGUACAGGUGCUGUGAAUGUAUCCACCCCUCCUCUGAUCAAACUGCCAAACUUUACACACUUGUAUAAACCUAAAAACAAAUAUUAAAGAUUAGCCUGUAGUGAGGUUUUCAGUUAAAUUUGUUGCUGGUUAGAAUGAGGAGCUGGUGAUUGGAGUAGAUUUUGGGUAUAGUAUGUUGGAGUGUUUUUUUGGAGAAACCAUUGUGAUCCUGGGUCAGACCCCACUCAGAGCACUUCCCACACCACUGGCUUUUAGUGCUCAUUAUUUUCUUGACCAGGAAUUCCAAACCCAGUGCUGAAGGUGAAGAGUCUAGUGCAUGGGCAUUAUAGUAUGAAUUUUAUACCUGCUGCAUAUCAUUGUCAUAUCAUUGUAGUGUGUGUGUGUGUGUGUGUAUGUGUGUGAGACUAUGUGUGCAUGUGUUCACCUACAGCCAUCUGCUGGUCACCCAGCCAGCUGUUACUUUACAGAAAAAGCUCAGAGCUCAUAGUGACUGAUCUUUGGGUAGGACUGAGAUCACUCACACACCACAUACCAGGACAGCAAGGUCACAACCUCUUGGGUUACAUCCCAUACCUACUUGCUGGUAGGUGGACAGGGACUACAUGUUAAGAGGCUCGCCCAUUUGCCUCACUGCCCCCUGGGACUCAAACCCAGGCCUUCUCUGUUGUGAGCCAAGUGUGUGUGUGUGUGUGUGUGUGUGUGUGUGUGUGUGUGUGUGUACAUUUUUUCCGAUGUAACAUUGGCAAAUAUAUCUUGGCCAUCUCACUUGUUUAUCAGUGACAUGUGGGAAGUAGAAACUUGGGGUUCUGACCCAUAUGUGUUAAGGCCUAAUAAAUUAUUGCUAUCUGU